GGAGCGAGCGGCGCCUGUCAGACGGCUGCGGGCCGGGAGCGGAGGGAGCGGAGUACAGAGCUCCCUGAAGAUGUUAGGCUUGUGUUUCUUCAAAAUGUCUGGACAUUUGUUGUUUAACUGCUGAAGCUUUCCUACCAUCUGUUUUUCUCCUGACGCCUCGAUCUAUUGAGAGAUCAGAAUUGGCUGCUAUGUAAUCAAGACCAACUGAAACAUGAGAAGCUGAAUUCAAGAUGAUCCAGCCAGAAGAUUUUUUCACUUCAUAGAAAUCUUGUUUUGGUUUAAUGUGUGAUAUAAUUGACAAAGCCAAGUUCAAUUACUUACCCUGAAAUUAAGACACGCCUGUGGCCUUCAUCAGAAAUGUUUCUCACGUUUUCAAGAAAAAAUAUGUCCCAGAAGCUGAGUAUGUUUUUACUAGUUUUUGGAAUCAUAUGGGGUUUGAUGUUGCUGCGCUACACUUUCCAGUAUCCGAGACGCCAAAGCAGUGCCGAGUUGCGUGGACAGAUACUAGAUCUAAGUAAAAGAUAUGUCAAAGCACUGGCAGAAGAAAAUAAAAAUUUAAUGAAUGGUGGUGGUGGAACCUCUAUGACAGGAUAUGCUGAUCUUAAGAGAACAAUUGCUGUUCUUCUGGAUGACAUUUUACAACGCCUCGGGAAAUUGGAAAACAAAGUUGAUUACAUCGUUGUGACUGGCUCAGCAACAAAUACCACUAAUGGAACUAGCAAUCAGGUGCCAGUAACUUCCAAUAAACGUGUAAAACCAGCAAGCAACAUUAGAUAGCAAACAGGACCACUUUAUGUGGCUACAUCUAUGCUAGCUGAUACUUAAGAUAAGAUUUUCAUUUCUGGCUAGGGCAAAGUAGUAGCUGACUCUAAAAGAAGCAUAAACUAUUCUGUUAUGCAAUGUGCUGGAUCUAUGUAGGCCUAACUUAUGUGCAUAGGUUCUCCAAGCAAUUUUUCAUUGGCUUUGAGCAGUACCUCUGAAGUGAUCUUUGUUGUCUUCAAAGAUUUUUUUUGUUACCAUGAUUUUAUGUAGUAUGCCAUUGGAUAAUAACAAGAAAUGGAAAGCAAUGGAGAACUCAUAGGUAGGUUUCUAAAUAUAUUUAUUUAAGUAUGAAUAUAACAUAUCUUUUGGAUAGGUGAGCAGUAUUGUAGCUUAUUCAUUUGUUGUGAUUGUGUUAAGCUGAGGUAACUGAGGAACUGUUAGAAAGUGUGUAGACUUACUUUGUUACUCAUUUACUAAAACAAUACUAAAUUGAAGAUAGCAUUGCCAUUAAUACUUUAAAAUUGUGACCCAAAGAAUGUCUUUAUUUGCACUAUCUGUCAGAAUAGCUAGAGAGAAUUUACUGUAUAUUUAGGGAACUUAAUUAAAAUAGGUAGUAACACUGUCCAUGUUUCUCUUUACACAGCAGCUAGGGCAGUUGUCAAAAACAACUCACAAUCUGUGAUAUGUUAGAUGAUUAUUUCUUACAGAGAUAUUUAAGUGUAUGUAUUUUGUAAUUGCAGAUAAAAUUAUUUAAGUGAUGGCAACGUUUUGGAUAUGUGAAUACUGUUUAUUUUUAUUCAUUGCUGUUUCUUUUUAACUUGUUAGUACCUUGCAAUUUGUGAUGAGUAUAGCACACCAUCUCCCUAAAUUGCUUUUGUGAUCGGGACGAAAAGCAAUGGAGGGAAACAAGGCAUCUCUGCACUUACCAGAGGUGGAUGUACCAAGGGUGUCUGAGUGCUAAGGUGAUGUUUGCCUUACACCUACGUUAGCCUUACAGCAAGUGAAUUGCGGUGUGGAUGCACUAUAUUUCAGAUGUUACUGAAGUCACAGCAAAGAGAAAGUGACACUGAGCCAAUUUUUAAAAAUAUACUGAAUGUUUGCACGGGGAGGAUAUGUUCAGGGACUUCUGCCAAAAGUGUGUUGUGAGUGAGUUUUGGGGUGGGGGUGGGGGUGGUCUAAUCUAUUAACAAACACCCCUCCCACCAGUAAAACCAGAGGUGCUGGAUGAUAGUAUCAUCCAAAGUUAUGUAUUGGGUUUUUUUGUUUUCUUCUGUUUCCCUGCUGAUAUUCUGGACUGCUGUUACAUUUCCAACCUUAGUAUCCAGAUGAUUUUUUUUUUUCCCCUGUCACAUUGUGUGUAAACCUGUACUCACUUCAAUACAGAAAGAGAGAAAUAAAAUUUUAAUUGUACUUGUAAAGGCUCAUCUUUCUUAAA